UUUGACAUCAAUACAGCUGGCACUGCCCCUGGGAAGUGCGCAUCAUCAUCACUACGCCAGCAGCACAUCACGUUGCCAUGACUCACCAUCCUAGGCCUUGCAGUGUUGCAAUUUCUGUACUCUCUUUUACAUUCACCCUCCCAAGCCGAGAAACGCACGUGCUCUUGACCCUCGCGAUUGUUGGUUGCGCCUACGCGAAACGACUAGCCUGAGCCAUUGAGGCCGGCCUUGCGCAAAAAGUCCUGGGUUACCCUGAACACCACUCCUUCUGCGCCUGGUUCUGUAUCGCUCGCUACCCUGCCGCGCCAGCGCGGCUCGAAUCCACACGCCCGAACGUCGAAGAGCCGGCACUCUAGGCCGCUACCCUCCGCCCUCUACGUCUUACACGAAACCCUGCGCUCUCCCCAACUUCCCACACAAUGACAGGAUGACAUACCCGUAUGUUGCGACUGGAUACAACAUAGACACUCAGCACGACGGCACUGAGCACCUCGCCAUCAACAACAACUUUUUUCGCCGUAUCCUGACACGACUAGCGUUGCAUACGACGGCGAGGUUCUAUUCGCGGGAUGGCCUUUGCAUUCCAAUCUCAAAACACAAAAUUGUCAAAACAGGGCGUCGAAUCCAUCUUACGGAAGGUGCAACCCUGAAAUACCUGGCUCAAAAAACGACCAUUCCUGUCCCAAAGGUCUAUUGCUCCUUUUUGCACAAAAAUAGAGCGUUCAUUGUCAUGGAGAGGAUUCGAGGUGAAGAGUUACCGAAAGUCUGGAAUAGUAUGUCUAAAGAGUCAGUCGAGGAUGUUUUGUCGCAGUUAAGAAAGAUCUUCCAGGAGUUACGUGCCCUGACGCCUCUUCCAGCCACGGGCGUGGAAAGCUGUGUUGGAGGGUCCCUGUACGACUCUCGCAUACCUCGUGGUAAUCCACGAUUCGGUCCGUUCAAGACAAUCCAAGAAUUUCAUUUCUGGCUCAGACGAGACCUGAGACCCGAGGAUCUCAAAGAUCGGGAAAGGGAUCAGGAUUGGCACGACCUCCAGGACAUGAUGAGCAAACAGGAUGGGCCAUGGCCUCCACCAUGCUUCACCCAUGGGGAUCUAAAUCCGUUCAACAUUCUUGUUCGUGAGGGGACUGUGGUCGGAAUCAUCGACUGGGAAUUCUCAGGGUGGUAUCCUCAUUACUGGGAAUAUACAUCGGCCUGGUUUGGCAAUGUUACGAGAACGGAAUGGCAAGACAUGCUUGACCGGAUUCUCGACAGACCAUGUCCUGAGAUAUUCAGGAUGGAAGAAGUUCGGAACAAAUGGUGGGGCGAAUGACCCUAUUGAGUGAUGCUUAAUGCGCAGUCUUACAAGACCAUAUUUGGUUGAACGACCGUUCUGAUGGCUAGCUCCUACGGUACACUUUCCUUAUUCUCAAGCAUGUCCCAGGUAGGCUUCGGUUUCAUCAGAUCUGCAGCAGACCGAUAGCGACCACUAGCAGUCUUGUGGUCUACGUACUGUCUCGCAACAGCCUCAAUCUUCUGCCAAUUCAACUCAGCAGUGCCAACACACUUCCCAUCCUUCGCAAUCUCGACGAGUGCGCUUGCGAUCCAUGUGCGACAUCUCCAGUUUGGAUCGUCCUGCAGAACUGGAAGUCGCCGAAAAAGGGCAAUGAGACGCUGCUCGUCUUCGAUCUUGGCAAUGAGAAUGCGUGCCAAGAGGCUGUUGGUGGCUCGGACAUUCUCCAAUGGAAUUUCUUCAUAUGUCCAGCCGAGAGGGAAAUUCUUGACGUGGUAACGUGCGCCUGGUAUGACGUCGCUGCGUUCUGCUUUGGGUCCGAUCAGAAAACCCCAAUGGUAUCUAAGAAGAUCAAUACUUGUAGAGAAACUUUGAAGGGCAGCUGGCUCACUUGCGCUCCUCAUUGUUUACGACGCCACUAGGAUACAACGCGACGUACAACCGAUUUUUGUUAGAAGGCAUGCUUAUUGUGUUGCAGGCCCAGAAUUGGAUGAAAUGGCAACAGGGACGGUUUGUGUAGAAUAAAGUAGUAGGCAAUGGAUAACAAUGGCACGAAAUAGAUAGUUGAGACGAUUGGUUCGUGAUCCAAACAUCAAUGUCUUGAUCAGCGAGACUUAUAACUGGAAAUGGUGAAACACCUACGCGCCCUAAUUGAAGAAUCA